AUGGAAAAGCAGGAGGAGGGUCCCUCGGUAUGCAAGCCAUCCCAGGGCAGUGCUCCCCUGGAAGGUCACAUUUCGGAUAAAACAACACCCCACAGUGAAGUUAAAAAAAAAAAAAAAAACAAACUGAAAAAUGGGAAAGGAAGUAAUAAUCCCCCCGGUGGUAAAAAGAAACACCUUAAGGGGGUAAAAAAGUCGGAUGAGAAAAAGGAAAAAAAAAAAAAAAAGAAAAUGAUGAAGCGAAAGGAGAAGCUUAAGAAGAAGCUCAAGAAGAGAAAAGUGAAGGAGGCGAGAGAAGAGGACAGCGAAGAGGAGGACCAACUUUUGGUUGAGUUCGAACUGAUAGACCCCACAGAUAAAUACAAAGACAACGUAAGGAUCCUCUUAAGGAGUACGGAGCUUUAUUCCAAUUUAAAGUGCACCGAGGAGUUGGUAAGCAUUAUAUGCGACCAGCAGAACAUUGGAAAGUUCCUGUGCGUGGCGAAUGGGCCGAACGUUGGUGAGAAGGAAGGUUCCACUGAAGAUCCAGCAGAUGACACAACGGACCUCCCCAAUAACAGUGAUCAGAACGUGGUCGGCUUUCAAACCAUAAUAAACCUAAACCAGUACGAAGAAAUUGGUGCCCUGAAGGAACUUCUACUACAGAAGGUGAAAAAGGUUAACGUUCCGGAUUAUGUAGAGAGUGUGAAAAAGAUUACUUCACUCCUUUCGUCCAACGAAGCGAAGAACGUUGGCCUGCUAAUUGGUCACCGCAUCCUAAACACACCCAUAACGUUAGUCCCCCUAAUUCAUAAGAACAUCAUUGAAGACGUGUUCUGGUCUCAAGGGAUUGAAGAUCUAGAUGACAGUGAGAAGAAAUUCUAUUUUUUCGAUUACCUCUUAUUUUAUACAAAGGUUUACAAAAAUGAGCAGGGAGAGAUUAUCUUUUCCAACUACGAGGAGGAGUAUUUUUUUCAACACAAGACUUAUCAUGUGUUGUGGAACAACAACAACGUGAAGAAAUUUUAUGAAGUCGUGAAUGGUAAAAAUAGGGAAGUCACAUACAAGGAGUUCGUCACGAUUUUCGUCAUUCCGUUUAGCAAGGUGGGCGAUGCGUUGGCGGAGAUGCAGAGGAAUGUUGCCAUUGGUGGUGCAGCUGUUGGUGGUCCUGUUGGUGGUGGCUAA